UUACUCUUUGCAUCAAGAAUAACAUAUAGCAACGUAAAAGGAUAUAUGGCGUUACUACUAAGAUUGGCGUUGGUGUCCUUGGUGACUCUAGGUCUAAUAAAGGUAUCAGUUUCUGCUUCAACACCAACCGAGGAGCUGGUUACAUUUGUUUUUGGUGAUUCCUUGACUGAAGUUGGCAAUAACAACUACUUGCAAUAUUCUCUUGCCAAAUCCAACUAUCCUUGGUAUGGUAUUGAUUACAAGGGUGGGCAAGCAACUGGAAGGUUCACUAAUGGAAGAACCAUUGGUGAUAUUAUAUCUGAGAAACUCGGAAUACAAUCACCACCACCAUAUCUUUCACUUUCUCCAAACGAUGAUAAAUUGCUCAAAGGAGUGAAUUAUGCAUCUGGAGGAGCUGGAAUUCUCAAUGACACUGGCCUGUACUUCAUACAAAGAUUGUCAUUUGAUGAUCAAAUUAACUACUUUGGGAACACAACGUUAGCUAUCAAAGCAAAGGUAGGAGAAGCAGCUGCAAACAAACUCUUAAAAGGAGCAGUGUACUUUGUCGGAAUAGGCAGCAAUGAUUACGUCAACAACUAUUUGCAACCGUUCAUGGCAGCAGGACAGCAGUAUUCCCACGAUGAGUUUGUGGAGCUCUUAAUCACAACGUUAGGCCAACAGCUCACGAAACUCCAUGAGCUGGGCGCUCGCAGGGUAAUCUUCCAUGGUCUAGGCCCUCUUGGCUGCAUCCCAUCACAGAGGGUGAAAUCACGGAGAGGGGUAUGCCUUAACCAAGUGAACCGAUGGGCACAACAGUUCAACACUCAAGUUUCAAAGUUAGUCUUAAAUUUGAACAAACACCUCAAAGACGCACAAUUUGGAUUUGCUGAUACUUACCCAGAUGUUCUUGAUAUCAUCACAACCCCACAAGCAUACGGUUUCAAGGUAUCAAAUACAUCCUGCUGUAAUGUGGAUACAGCAAUAGGGGGACUAUGUUUGUCGAAUUCCAAAGUGUGCAAAAACAGGAAGGAUUAUGUGUUCUGGGAUGCCUUCCAUCCAUCAGACGCUGCUAACGCUGUACUUGCUAAUAAACUCUUCAUAACUCUAUUUCCUAACAUUGCCACAAAGCAUUCUACAAGGAAGACACUACGACAUCCAUGAAAAGACCCUUAGCAGUUACGGAGUAGAUCAUUGUUCAACUCAACAACAUUAAAAACCAAUAUUGUACUCAAUUUUCAGGUCAAGCAUUGACCAUGUAAUAUUGCUUAGCCCUAUUACACUCCACUUAUCAAUCAGUCCACGAAUUAAUAGGCACCAUUCAGUGAGAUUAGACAUUCAGAAUUCUAAUAAUAGAAACUAUUCUAAUUAAUUGCAAAUCAUUCAAAGGCAUGAUCAAAUAACAUGCUAAAAUUAGA